GCACUGAGUCAAGUACCUACCAAAGGAAAUACCGAGAUGUCCAUUCCUCGGAAGGAUCGCGGGCGUGAGGCGGCUCAAAUGUGUGGCUGCGCUGCCCCAUUGAGGCCUCUGCGAAAGUGAGGCCAAAUGACAACUCCAGCAUGGUACAGCUACAACAUCCGCCGAUUGACUCAGCCCGAAUUAUUUUUCGAAAGAAUCGCCCUAAUGAAGAGGCGGCCUCAUUCUUUACGCGCAUACAUAACGACGCGAAUAGUUCUACAGCUCCAUCCUCCCGUUGGAACAUCAGUCUGCUACCAUCAUCAACUAAAGAGACCAUCAACAACCACCCACUACCAUGGCCGUACACCUCCAGCGCCGACUGCUUCAGGACUUUGCUGAAUUACAGCGAAACCCAUACCCUCGCGUUGCAUUACACACCAGAGACAACGAUAUUCGCCGGGCAUGCCUUGUCCUACAGCCAGAGGGCUGGAUGCCCAUGCACACCACCGUCAACUUCGGAGACCGCUAUCCUCUCGUCGCUCCCACCAUCAAGAUGAACACGCGAAUGGUACAUCCCAACGUAUAUGAUACCUACAUCUGCGCAUCAAUUCUCAACACGUUCGAGGGAUACACGCCGGCGUAUACCCUCAGAGGCAUCGCCAUCCAAAUGCUGAGCUUCUUCAGCAGCGAUUCAUUGGAGCAAGAGGGCGGCAAUUACACCGAGCCUCUCGAGUGGUAUCGGCAAGAGAGCCUCGAAUGUCGGCAGGAUUUCAAAUGUCCUCACUGCAACUUUGAUGGAACCAGGAGCAAGUCAGACCUUAGAAGAGCUCGAAGGCACGCCCUGAAAGCCUUGUCGCCGACGCCAUCUUCAUCCUCGUCAAAUGCUGCAACGAUAGCGGCUGCUUCCAAGAACUACCAGGGAUGUGUCUUGGCCGCUUUGCCUGACGAGCUUCUGCUACAAACUCUCCACAGUCUGGACUUUGCGGACCUCCUCUCCUUUUCACGGGCUUGGCCGCGAAUCGCAGACAUGCUCCGCGGAUACGAUAUUAUCCGGUUGAGAGAACUCCAAUGCUAUAUCACCAAAACCAACUUUCGAGAUACAAAACUCGGCGUAGGCGUCAUGGUCCCCAAACGCAAGCGGGCUAUCGAGUCAGAGUUCGACCUGAUCUCUCUACCAGCUUUUCAGGACCUGGGAGUUCGCUUCUCUGUCCACAAUGUCGCUUUCGAACACUGGCUUCCGCUGCCUCUCAGCCGUCGUCACUGGUCCUCCGUCAAAGAUUAUGUAGCGCCCGUGAUGCAUAGUCUAGCCGUGGCUAUCUCAUUACCGAGCUCCAAUAGCUCGACAGUGGGUGUUCUCGCCGCCUUCAUGAACGACAUUGUUGUGCGGCUGAACCAAGUAGAUGCACACACAGCCUCUGGUGGCACCGCAUACAGCGGCACCGAUAAUGUCAGGAUUCCACGGAUGAGUACAUUGCGGCACGCAUCGGAGAAGGCGAUCGAGUCUUACUUCCACCUAUUCCACCUUCUCCUCUGUUUGGCGACGGCGAAUUCCCAACUGGUCACCGACGCCAAUAACAAGAUCAAGAGAUUUAUGAGUGGUAAGACCUCCAAGAUGUCUUGUCCGAAUCUUGGCCACCUACUGGUCUACCUCCUCAUCAGCGACAUUGAUACGACGGAGGCCAUGAGAAAAGCGAUCAUCACCGAGGCCAUCACGCGCAACGUCGUAUGGAUGCUCGACAGGAGGGGCUCCAAUAUGCCGGAGUUGAGCUAUCUCGAGCCUGAUCACGUCUCGGGGUAUCGUCUAAAGAGAACCUUUGAAGCAAAUCGCACCUCAUAUCGACUCCUCAUGUUUUCGGAGCUCUUCCGCCGCAUCGCCAGACCAUCCAACGACAAGACCUUGGAGCAAAUCCGGGACGAGCUCUUCGACCGUCAUGGCGCACCUCCUCCCGGUGCCGCUCUUCAGCUCUCCACCGAAGUCCGCCGCCUUCAUGAUAUUGACAAUUUCCCCCACUUCUUCAACGAAAUGGGGAUUGUGCGCCAUCCGUCAGCUGGAAACUUCACCAGCGUACUGCGGGACUGUGUCAAGGAUAGCAUGAACAGAGGGUACUCGGUCUGGGGCUUGCCGGCCCCUACUGCUCUGGCCUUGCGGUCCCGGGUAGAGCCCAACGUUGGAGUCCGAGCAAAUCUCGUGGUGAGGAAUCCUCCUGGUCCUCGUUACAUGUCGAGAAUCACUUUCUUCCCUGACAAAGCCCGACGGAGCUAAACAGCUACGUGGCAAAGGGCUCUGACUGGGAAGAAGAUAUUUUGCGUGGGCCGAGCAGUCGAGUUAUUAAAGAUGAUAUACCCCUAAUGAAUUUGGAAAUUCGAAUAGAAACAAUCAGUCCAAUCUAGUGCACUAUGGACCAGGUCAUGAACCUCCCGGAGCAUUGCUCAAUUGCGAACUCAAUCGUCAAGAUGACAACGAUCUUUCAUGACCGCAUCGCAAAAAGCGGCGGCCAAUGUGAACAAGAGGUGUGAUAAAUUCAAAUGAUGAAGUGUAUCUAAAUGUCCAAAUAAAUCUCCAUUCGCUCAAUGUUAAUCUUUUUUGUGAAUAUCUCUCUCAUCAUUAGAUUCUGGGUAUCUAUUCCACUGGAAAACACUUUCUUCUAUCUUGAUCUCUUGGAUUCCAGUAUACCCAGCAGGUCAAUUGUCAUGAGGCAUCGUCCCGCUCGCGAGG